AUGGACGGCUGUGGGACCUACUUGAAUGUGGAUGGGGAUGGGGGCGUCAAGGUGCUAGAGGCGUCCCAGCGUCCUGCGUCCGGCGGCUUCUUGACUGAGUCCGGCUUCCUGCCAAAAGGAUUAAUGGGGAGUCCCCUUUCCCUUUUCCUUGGACGGGAAGGCGGGAGGCGCUUCCUGCUUGCUGUUGGUGGUAGUGGCGGUGGUAGUGUGAAAGAGGCGGGAGACGUGAUCAAUGCUGUCAGGCUGCGGAAUUUCAGUGUUCUUGUUGUUUCUCCCGCAAGCGGUGUCGUUUGGGCAGUGACGGUGACGGGGACGCGGGUUCGCGGCCCAAAGGCUGGCGGAGGCUGGCGGAGGACGGCACACUCGCCUCCGGAAGUGGAAGCAAGAGCUGGGCUUGCUUGGCGUCGUCCAAGGCGGCGAUGGACGGAGGACGGAGACAGACCCGGAGUUGGCAGGCGGCACGGGAACGGGAACGGAGAACGGGAUUGGGAAUUUGUCGACUCGAACCUGACGGAAACGACAAAUGGGGCGGCCCCCCCGCGAACGAUUCGGGAUCUCGACUCGUUUGCAGACUCGUUUGCAGCUAGCUGGAGGCGAUCCGUGGCCUGCGAGCAGGACGAGCGAGACAAUUGA